UCAGUUUCUAGAUCCUCCAUAGAUACCAAGCUGCAGCUAUGUUCAGUAAGAAAAAAAUUUUCAACCCAUUUCAACUUCGGCCCACAUUUUAAUGGGUUAUUCGGCCCAAUUUUGUGUGGGUUGGUCUGCCCGCCGGGUUGCAUGCUCAGCCUUACCUAUGAUUUGGGUCAUUUAUUAUAAUUGCCCUUAAUAAUAGAAGUUAAAAUAUUUUUUUUUUUUUAAAAAAAAUAGAGUAAAUACCAUUUUAGACCAUGUGUUUUGCAAAAGUUAAUAAUUAGGCUAACUGUUUUGUUAAAUGAUAAAAUGAACCUUGUAUUUUCUAAAAUUGUACAAAUAGGACCCUGAACUGAUUUUUUGUUAAAAUAAAACUUAAUAAUAAUCUUCUAGAGAUGUUAUGACAAAACUAACUACAUUUUCUGUAUCUGUUCGUGUUAAAAAUUGUCUUAAAAUUGGUCAUAUUAAAAAAUAAAACAGUUGAGAAUUGAGCUCAAGGUCCUAUUUUAAUGUUUUUGAAAAUAUAAGGUCUAUUUUGUCAUUUAAAAAAUAGAGGUGCAAUUGGUAACUUUUACCAAACAUAAAGUCCAAAAAAAUGGUAUUUUAAAAAAAAAAAAAAAAAAAGACAUAGCAUAGGCCACCGAAAUGGGACAGGUAAGCGGUUGUAAAAUAUAUAUAUAAGAUGAUUUCAAAGUUGAUAACAUUACUUCUUUCGAUACCACUCAAAAUAUUCUAAUCGUUAUCUAGGGUUUUAAUUAAGCUGAAGAGAAAGAAAUUAAGGGAAGAAGUAGCAAGAAAGCAAGAAAGAAAAUGGUGAUGAAAGCAACAGGAACAUCUUCAGCAUUUGGUCAUAAUCAUGAUCAUGAUCAUGAUCGUGGGAGGAAUCAAAUGGUACGAAGACGUUUUUUCAGAUGCCCACGUUGUGAGAAGAUACUAAAAUGUGCUCUAGGUCUUAGGGUUCACAUCGAAAACCACAACAAGCCAGCAUCAUCUUCUUCAUCAACUGGUUAUAAUUGUCAAUUCUGUGGACGAAGUUUCUUGAAACCACAAGCUGUUAAUGGACACUUAAGGAUUCACAAAGGCAGAGCCAAAGCCAGCAGGACUAACAACAAUCAUAAUAUUCUUAUGAAAAAGUCUCUACUUCUUGUUGAUCAUGAUGGAGCUCAUGCCAAAGUAUUACAAGAAGAUCAAUAUCAAGAUUCGGAAAAGAAUCAUGAUGAUCACAAUAAGAUCACGACCAACUCUGUUCUUGUAAUUGAUCAUUAUCAAGACACUGCCAAAGAUCAUAAUAAUGAUGAUGAUGAUCAUAAUACUGAUCAAGAUAAUAAGGGCCUGAUGAUGACGACCAAGAAGAUAAAUUAGCCUGCACAGCUUAAUUGCAUGAAUAUGAAAUGGAGAUAUGGAGCAUGAUACGAUGGUGAGGGUUAAAGUUACUGUUAAUGUCAGAGAUUAUUACAACAAAGAUUCCAAUUAGAAGGGUUUAUAUAUAUAGUCAUAAAGACAAUAAAAAAUAGUAGACACUAUUGUUUGUUUCCAAUAUGCAUAUAUCUGAUUUAAAUAUUGUAUAUGUGUCAAUCUAAUAUACAAAUUUGACAGACACAGAAUUAAAUAGGUUAUUUUGUUUGGAGACGACAUUUUUAAAAGUGUUAGAUUAUAUGGUUUGAGUGUUAUUAAUGAAAGCUUAUUCUUCUU